GCCCGCCCCGGCGUGAGCAUGGCCGGGUUCGCCGACCUGAACCUGCCGCAGGGGCCCGACAAGAAGUGUCUGCAGAGCCUGCUGGAGGCGGCGGCGCACCUGGGAUAUUCUGCAGUUGCUCUUAAUCAUGUCAUCGAUUUUAAAGAAAAGAAAGAGGAAAUCAUCAAGCCAGUAUCUCCUUCAGAGUUGUUUCCAUCUUUGCCUAUUGUACAAGGGACAUCUAAAAGAAUUAAAGUCUUAACCCGGCUAACACUUGUUGUUUCUGAUCCUUCCCACUGUAAUCUCUUGAGAUCAACAUCUGCAAAUAUAAGGUUAUAUGACAUCAUAGCAGUAUUUCCAAAGACUGAAAAGCUGUUCCAUAUUGCUUGCACAACUCUAGAUGUGGAUCUGGUAUGCAUAAAUGUAACAGAAAAGCUGCCAUUCUACUUCCGAAGGCCCCCUGUGAAUGUGGCAAUAGAUCGAGGCAUUUACUUUGAACUUCUUUACACACCUGCCAUCAAAGACUCCACGAUGAGACGAUACACAGUUUCCAACGCGAUCAGCUUGAUGCAGAUCUGCAAAGGAAAGAACAUAGUUAUAUCUAGUGCAGCUGAAAGGCCUCUAGAACUACGAGGUCCUUAUGACGUGGCUAAUCUAGGUUUGCUGUUUGGCCUGUCGGAAAGCGAAGCGAAGGCAGCUGUGUCCACCAACUGCAGAGCCACCAUGCUUCACGGAGAAACUCGGAAGACUGCCUGUGGGGUGGUGUACACGGUGAAGAAGCCUCGCAAGGUUGAGGAGGAAGAAACAACAGUGCCAGCCUGCAAAAAAGCAAAGACUCAAGCUUGAGGAGUGAAAAAACUGUCAACAGGAGCCUCUUCUUUACCCAGUGUUGAGUCUUCUUCCACCCUCCAACCCAAUUCCUCCCUUACUGCUUUGUUUAGCCUGGAGAAGAAUUAUUUCUCCGGUGUUCAAGUGAGGAAACCUGUGUGAAUGAGACUGCUGAUUGGUAGGCCAUCACAUCUGAAAGGUCAUGCUGGGCUUCUGGCCAGGAGACUGACACUUCACCCAGCCUUAGGUCUCCUGGAAUUAGUGCAAAGUCAAUGGAACGUUUCUAACGUGGAAAUUUUCUCUUGUACGUGUGCAUCCCUUUUUUAUUAAAAGUGUUUCUAAGAACACAUGCCUUCAUAGUCUAGCUCUUACGGUUUUGUAAGUUUUAAACACAUCUCUGUACAACUGCAAGCCAGUAGAUGAAGUUUACCUUCAAUGGCCUGUGAAGAAAUAAUAGUGCAGUAAAAAAAAAAAUCUUCUUCCCAGUCCAUUUUGUGAUCAAUGGCUAUAAUGAAGAUUCCAGGACUUGUCAAUUGCUAGGAGGUAUCUUGGAUUUGUGUUACAGUAGGAGUGACUGACCUGACCUGUCAGAUAUACAUCCCAAAGGCCAUCGGUGUCCUGCAGCACUUAAAACCAAGCAGCAACAUUAGAUGGCUACCAGAGAUGGGAAGGAAGAGCCCAAGGUUACACUGAAUGUGUGCUCAGCAUGGUGUGUUUCAGUUGCAGUGUAACAGCUGUCUCACCUAGGCCUGAGCAGUCUCCACAUCACAUCAUCUUUACUGCAUCAUUUCCUUCUUUAUGUCCUGUUCUGGAAUUGUUGUCUGUGCACGUGUUCGUUUUGCUGCCUCUUGCCUUUCCUUCCUUCAGUGCCUCAGUAAACCUAAUCUGGCUGCCAAAAAACCAAUCAUAACAGAUUUAUAAUCAGCAGAGCAUUUUCAGAGCUCUUCCAAACGUUGACUGAAGUUUUUCUUUUAAUAAACUAAUAUAAAAAUUACGUAAGCUACUGUACUCAAGAUACUUGAGUAAGCUUUACUGCAGAUAUUCCAGUUCUUUAUUUGCACCUGACCACAAAUGGAAGUCAUAGCACAUAAAAUAUUGGGUCAUCUCUGAGCUCUUGGUAACUGGACUGAGCAGAAUAGAGGAAGUUCUCAGUAGACUUAACAGUUCUGUAUAAUGCUGCUGUAAGUCACAGCAGCUUUUGCUUCAUUCAAAAAAUAAUGAGAUAUUUUUCCUCUAUGUUAUUAUUUUAUUUGUUGACUUUGUUACUUUUGAACACUUUAUUUGUUGACUUUGUGACCAUUUUAUUAUAGGUAUUGGGGAGUAAUAUAUAUAUAUGCAUACAGUAGUUUGUCAUUUAUGGACUUACCUCCAAAAUGAUACUGUAACCAGAGAAGAAGCAAAAUGUGUUCGGUGCAUGAAUAUAGCAUGUAAUGCCUCUCUGCUCUGCUCUCUCCCGCCUGCAGUUGUACAUGCUGCUCAGGGGUCCUCAGCACAGGAAGAACAUGGACCUUUGGAGUGGGCCAGAGGGGGCUAUGAAGAUGAUCAGAGGGCUGGAGCAUUUCUCCUGUGAGGAGGCACUGGGAGAGCUGGGUUCAGCCUGAAGUAGAGAAGGCUCCAGGAACACCUUAUUGGGGCCUUUCAGUACUGAAAGGGGGCUUAUAAGUAAGAUCUUGCCAGAAUUUUUAUCAAGGCCUAUUGUGGUAGGACAAGAGGUAAUGGGUUUAAAGUAAAAGAAGGUUGAUUUAGAUUGGAUAUAAGCAAGAAGUAUUUUACAGUGAGGGUGGUGGUGAAACACUGGCACAAGUUGGCCAGAGAGGUGGUAGAUGUCCCAUCCCUGCAAACAUUAAAAGUCAGGCUGAACAGGGCUCUGAGUAGUUUGAUUGAGUAAAGAUGUCCCUGCUCUUUGCAGGGGUUUGGUCUAGAUGACAUUAAAGAUCCAUUCCAGCCCAAAUUGUUCUAUGAGUCUGUGAAAUGGGACACGAUGCCCUGGCUGGCAGCAUUGCAAAGGUUGUCCUGCUUCUGCUAAAGUGGAGAGAGAAGUGUCUGCUUUUCCUAACAGGACUUGGCAUCUCCCUUGGCUUGGGUAACUGGAGCUGUCUUGUGCUCCACACAGUAAGUACUGACUUGCUGAGAAAUGAGAUUUUUUUUUUAAUCAAACCCAGUAAUAAAACUGUAACUUUGUUUUACUAUUUACUCAA